AUGAAUCAACAAAAAAAUAAUCGGCUUAGAAAAUCAUAUUCACCUAAAGCAAGCUUGAAUUCAGCAAAAAGGGAAAAAAGUGUUUCAAAGCCUAUAAAAUCGCUGCAAAAUGAAAAUAACGAUGAUAAAUUUUCACCAAAAAGCAUCGAUUACAAAAUAGCAUCAUUUUCGACUACAGUUUCACAAAGUAUAAGCGCGACUGAUCUUCGGUUCCCUACGCUGAGUUCACCAAAAUUAAGCCAAAAAACUUUGCAGUCUUAUUUAGCAGAAGUCAAAAAAUCCUUACCUGAAGAUAUUAGCACUCAGCCAAGUGAAAGAGUUUUUACAAAACCAAAAGUAAUAAAACGAAAACCAGGAACCAGAAAAAGCACCCGAAAAGGGACACUUUCUUUAGAAAACUCAAUGGAGCUUCGAAAAUGGAAAAAAUCAGCAAAAAUCAAAAAAUCUAAAACACCUGGAAAAGGGCUUGGAGAGCUCAUGCAGCUUAUGUAUAAAAAACCGAUAAAAGGUCCACCAAAUAAUGACUCCACAAAAGAGCUAACAAGUAGACUUUAUGAUACAGCUCAAAAUGAGCCUGAAGAAGUUUUUAGAAUUAUUUCAAGCCCAAAGAAAUCACUUGACAAACUAAUAGCCAAAAAGCAAGAAAAAAAAUUCGAAUGAACUGAAGAGCAUGAGCAAGCUUUUAGGAGCCUAUUGAGAAAAACUCAUAGUUUCAAUUCGAUGACCAAGACAAGGUUAUUUAGAGAAUUAGAAAAAAAACUACCGGAGAAAAAAACUAAGCUUGAAAAAGAUUGAAAAUAUGAUAAAAGAUCUCCUUACAUUAAUGACCUGGACUAUCAAAGCAAAGAUUAUUACGCUUCAGGGCUAGAUUUAAGCAGUCCAUCCUCCCACAAAAUUGGCCCUAUUUCCAAUAUAAAGACUACAAUUAGAGAUGAAUCCUUCGAAAUUGACUUAGAAGAAAAAAGAAUUCAAGAACUAGUAGAAAAAACUGGCCUUUCACCUACAAAUAUCACAAAAUUAGAAAAAAUCGGCACCCACAUAGAAAAAAUAAAAGAUUUCGAAGAUGCUAUGAAAGGUUUUGAAAUGAUUUAUAAUUGAGAAGAAUCCGAAGCAUUUUUUGAUAAAGCUAAAGGCUUUUUAGCUUCACAUAUACUAUCUGAGCUUCAUGUGGACAUGAAAGAUCUCAAUAAAGCAAGAUAUUCUUAUUUAUCUGGAAAAAUUGCCUAUCAAAGAGCUACGGCUGAGCUUCAUAAAAAAUUGAUGUUGAGGGCAGAAGAAAAAAGGAUUGAGCUGAGAAAAAGGCAGGAAGAAUUCCAACGUGAAGUGUUUAAGACUAAGGUGAUGCUGAAAAAAAUGUACGGGAUUAGCUAUAUUAAUAAGCCCAAAAAAUACUUGAAAACUACUUCAUAUAAGAUGGGGUCGCCUGAAUUUAAUAUGUAUAUGAUCAAAUUAGGAUAUUUACCACCAAAAUUCAAAGCAGCACCAGAGAAGCUUAAAAAAGGAGGAAUUAUUUAUUAUAAAACUUCUAGUAAAAUCCCUGAAAAAAGUGUAAAUAAUAUGUCACAGUGGAAUUAUCCACCUGACUUUAAGGCACGAGAAAUUGAGGCUGCAAAUAAAAAGUUGAUGAGUAUUAAAGCUGCAGCGAAAAUCCAAAGCAGAAUUAAAGGGUGACUUAUGAGAAGAAGAAUGAGAAGGAUGAAAAAAGCUUCACUGAAAAUUCAAAAGUUAUGAAGAGCUUAUAAAUGCAGAAAAGUUCUUAUUGCCAAAGUAAUAACACAGCUUUUCAAUGGAAAUAAGGCUAAAGUAGCAAAAUUAGCUAAAAGAUUUAAAGAAAGCUCUCUUUAUUAUAAACUUUAUCAAGCAGCUGAAGCUAAGCGCAAAUCAAAGCCCCCUGCAGCAAUCCUUUCUAGUCCAAAAACUCAAAAAAUAGUUCCAUCCAUUACUUCUCUUUCUUCUGAUUUAAGCUCCUCCCACACUGAAAAAGAUUUAUCUCCUAAGCGCGCACUUCACAGUCCGGUAGACCCCCCAAAGCACGUAACAAUAUCCGAGCCUCCAAUAAACAACUCUAUAAAUCCCUCAGACCAAGCCAGAGAAAGUUAUCGUCUAGAAGUCGAAGCCCAACGAAUUAACAAUUUACUCAAAGAAAUCUUAAGCACUCGCAAAGAAAUGUGGAAAUAUUACUUACUCCUUCCAUUCUUGAUCUAACGAUUUUCAUAUAUUGCAAAUGUUUAUAUACAAUAAAUCAAUAGAAUGGUUAAUAUAUUUAUUAUAAUUUAUUAAAAUUAAUAUUUUUCAUUGGAAAAUUAAGAGUAAUUUGAGUGUUUUCUUAAUAAUCUGCACGGAAUUAAUCAUCCGAAUUGCUUUAGCCAUCUGCCAGGCCUCAAAAACUUAAUAAUCUUAUUAUUAUAAAUUAAAAAUAAUUAAGAAGGAACAGAAAUAUUUUAUAGAGUCGAAAGUGAUAACUAAAAUUUUUAAAUUAACACGAUUUGAUUUUAAUAGUUUUAAUAUAUAUAUACACAAAACAAUAAAAAUAAUAUAUAUUAUUUAUUUGAUAAUUUUUUCUCAAAAAUUUUUUUAAAUCCCCAUCCUUUAUUGAACGACUAGAGCGUUCAAUCAAGAAUUGGUAGGAGGGAAUUAGGAAGAGUAAACCAUUCAGAAUUAAACGACCAAAACCUUACCAGACUCCUGUCACAUGAAUCUGUAUAUGCAAAAGAGCAAACUGCUGGAAAACGUAAAGGGAUUAUAUGGGAAGAAAGUGUCAUUAGACUAGGCGCUGGCGAUGAUGUAAUACAGCAUGCAACUCCUGACAGUUUAAGAGGAAAGCCUACAGAUAUUAUAAUAGCAAAUCUAUCGAAAGAAUUAUGUCAAGCUAUUAUUGCUAAAGAUCAAGCCCGAGUAAAAUUUUAUUCUUUACAGAAUAAAAUUGAAGACUUUUAUAAAAAAGUAAACCCAGAUCCAGUAUGUGAUGAUCCAUUUUUAAGAAAAUGCUUGACUAUCAAGGAAAUUCCUGAUAAAGAAGAAAUCCCACUAUUAAAGCGAUUCCAUAUCAAAUGAUUGUAUACUUUUGAUAGUGCGACAUUCCCAAAUAUUAUCUUCCCAAAGCUUUUUAAUAGUGAGGCAUUUGAUCGAAAAACCAUUAAAUUUCAAACAAAUGGCACCCUAUUUAAAAAGCUUUGACCAAAUUUUCUAAACUAUAAAAAGUGGACCUACGCCCUAUUAAAGCCUAGAAAAAGCUUUAACCCGAUAUUUGGAGCUGCUGAAAGCAUGGUUGGGAACAUGGUAAGAGAAGCCUCGUCAAUAAGUUUUAGAGUUGUAGGAUAA